GGGUGCACCCGACCGGGCGCCGGCGGCCACAGCAAGGCGCCGGAGCAAGGGGAGGGGGGUGCCAGUGGCCAGGGGCGGCCGGAGUCGGCGCGGCGAAGGCCAGCGGGCGCGGGACGCGGCCGGUGCGGCGCAUCCGCGGCGGCGCGGGCGGCACCGGAGCGGGGCACGGGAAGCGGCGGCCGGUGGCGGCCAACGGCGGGCGGGCCCAGCGCAGGGAGCUCGCAUGGGAGCGGCCUGGGGGCGAGGGUGGCCACAGGCAGGCGCGGCAGUCCGCGCGCGUGCGGGCGGGAGAGACGGGGCGCGGGGGCGCGUUCAGGGGCGCCGGGGCGCGGGUGAGGACGGCGUCCGUGGCCACCGCGGGCGGGCGGCCGUGGGCGCACGCCGGGGGGUGGGGCUGCGGGAGCGCGAGCUCGCGCGCAGCCACGGGCGCGAGGCAACGGCGCGGGCCGCGCGGCGGGGCGAGGGAAGGAGAGGAGGGGGCGUGGAGGCCGUGGCCUCACCGGGGGGUGUAG